AUGGUGCUGGCGGGAUUCACGACGGUCACGCGCGAGGACGAUGGGGUGGUGCGAUGCGUGAAACCGAACUGGGCGCGAGGGACGGCGUUCGCGCUGAAAUCGCGAGCGGUGAGGGUGAACGCGACGGCGGCGGACGCGGCGGACGCGUGGGGCGCGAGCGCGGCGGCGGACGACGACGAGCUCAUCGACGAGAGCGCGCUGCUCACGGAGCUGGACGUGAACACGGCGCCGGUGAAGUAUGAUGAUUGCGACGUCGGGGCGGGGAAGAAGGCGUGUAAGAAUUGUACGUGCGGGCGCGCGGAGGCGGAAGCCGCGGAGGAGGCGACGACGGCGGCGAGCGAGGAAACCUUCGUGAGCGCGUGCGGGAACUGCGCGCUGGGCGACGCGUUCCGGUGCGCGGGGUGUCCGUACUUGGGCCAGCCCGCGUUUAAGGAUCAACCCGGGACGAAAGUCGAGCUCGAUCUCGGCGAUGAUUUGUAA